GGAGGUUCCGGGUUGAGGCCGGGCCGCCGCGGCGCCAUGCUGACCAAAUUCGAGACUAAAUCUGCGCGGGUGAAAGGGCUGUCGUUCCACCCGAAGCGCCCCUGGAUCCUGACCAGCCUCCACAAUGGGGUGAUCCAGCUCUGGGAUUAUCGCAUGUGCACCCUCAUCGACAAAUUCGACGAGCACGAUGGUAAUUCCAGGGGAAAAAAUGGGAAUUUCGGGGGAAAACGGGGGUUUGGAUUUUCCCAGGAAUAUCCCUGGAUCCUGAGUGCCUCUGAUGACCAAACCAUCCGUGUGUGGAACUGGCAGUCCAGGACCUGUGUCUGUGUCCUGACAGGACACAACCAUUACGUGAUGUGUGCUCAGUUCCACCCCAGCGAGGACCUGGUGGUGUCGGCCAGCCUGGACCAGACUGUCAGGGUGUGGGACAUCUCCGGGCUCAGGAAGAAGAAUCUCUCCCCCGGGGCCGUGGAAUCCGACGUGCGCGGCAUCACCGGCGUGGAUCUGUUUGGCACCACCGACGCCGUGGUCAAACACGUGCUGGAGGGCCAUGACAGGGGGGUGAACUGGGCUGCCUUCCACCCCUCCAUGCCUCUCAUCGUGUCCGGCGCCGACGAUCGCCAGGUGAAGAUCUGGAGGAUGAAUGAAUCCAAGGCCUGGGAGGUGGACACGUGCCGUGGCCACUACAACAACGUUUCCUGCGCCGUGUUCCACCCCCGCCAGGAGCUGAUCCUCAGCAACUCCGAGGACAAGAGCAUCCGAGUGUGGGACAUGUCCAAGAGGUGAGGGCCACACCCCAGGGCCUGGAAAUUCCCACAAUUCCCAGCAUUGCAGCAAUUCCUGGCAGGCCAUGAUGGGGGCAUGCUGGUGUUCAAGCUGGAGCGGGAGCGGCCGGCGCUGGCCGUGCACGGGAAUUCGCUGUUCUACGUCAAGGAUCGAUUCCUGCGGCAGCUCGACUUCAGCAGCUCCCGGGACGUGGCCGUGAUGCAGCUCCGCAGUGGUUCCAAGUUCCCGGUGUUCAGCAUGUCCUACAACCCAGCUGAGAACGCUGUGCUGCUCUGCACUCGAGCCAGCAACCUGGAGAACAGCACCUACGACCUGUACACCAUCCCCAAGGAUGCAGAUUCCCAAAAUCCCGAUGCUCCCGAGGGGAAGCGCUCCUCGGGGCUCACGGCCGUGUGGGUGGCGCGGAAUCGAUUCGCUGUCCUGGACAGGAUGCACUCGAUCCUGAUCAAGAACCUGAAGAACGAGAUCACCAAGAAGGUUCCGGUCCCCAACUGCGAGGAGAUUUUCUACGCGGGCACCGGGAGCCUCCUGCUGCGGGAGCCCGACGGUGUCACGCUCUUCGACGUGCAGCAGAAACGGACUUUGGCCUCGGUGAAGAUUUCCAAGGUGAAAUAUGUGAUCUGGUCAGCUGACAUGUCCCACGUGGCCCUGCUGGCCAAGCACGCCAUCCUGAUCUGUAACCGGAAGCUGGAGUCGCUGUGCCAGAUCCACGAGAACAUCCGGGUGAAGAGCGGGGCCUGGGACGAGAGCGGCGUCUUCAUCUACACCACGUCCAACCACAUCAAAUACGCCGUCACCUCGGGGUCAGAAGGGCUGGAAAAGCCUUUCCUAAGGAUAGGAGAGCUUUUCCUGAGGAUGGAAGAGCCUCUCCCCAGGAUGGAGGAGCCUUUCCCGAGUUUGUUUUUUUUUGGGAAUGCCCCUCAGGUGCUGCACAUGGUGAGGAACGCCAAGCUGGUGGGGCAGUCCAUCAUCGCCUACCUGCAGCGCAAGGGCUACCCCGAGGUGGCGCUGCACUUCGUCAAGGACGAGAAAACGCGCUUCAGCCUGGCCCUGGAGUGCGGCAACAUCGAGGUGACCCCCGGGGGCUUCGGGGUGUUCUGGGGGCAGUCCCUGGCGUUCCUGACGGCCGCCACGCACGGGCUGGACGAGGAGGCCGAGAGCCUGCGGGAAUCCUUCGAUCCUGAGAAGGAAACGAUCCCGGCCGUGGAUCCCGAGGCGCGGCUGCUGCAGCCGCCGGCCCCGGUGCUGCCCCUGGACACCAACUGGCCCCUCCUGACCGUGUCCAAAGGAUUCUUCGAGGGCUCCAUCGCCGGGAAAGGGAAAGGAGGAGCCCUGGCCGCCGACAUCGACAUGGACACCGUGGGCACCGAGGGCUGGGGCGAGGACGCCGAGCUGCAGCUGGAUGAAGACGGAUUCGUGGACGCCGGGGAAGGAUUCGGAGAGGAAGGAACGGGAAAAGGGCAGGAGGAAGGAGGAGGAUGGGAAGUGGAGGAAGAUUUGGAUCUUCCCCCCGAGCUGGAUGUCCCCGCCGGCCCUGCGGGAGCGGCUGAGGACGGGUUCUUUGUGCCCCCCACCAAAGGCACCAGCCCAGCCCAGGUGUGGUGCAACAAUUCCCAGCUCCCCGUGGAUCACAUCCUGGCAGGAUCCUUCGAGACAGCCAUGAGGCUGCUCCAUGACCAGGUGGGAGUGACCAACUUUGGCCCCUACAAGCAGCUCUUCCUGCAGACCUUUUCCCGAGGCCGGACGACAUUCCAGGCUCUUCCCAGCCUCCCUGCCCUCUAUGGAUUCCCACACCGCAACUGGAAGGAGGGCGGCCUGAAGAAUGCGCUGCCGGCCGUGGGGCUGAAGCUGACGGAUCUGAUCCAGCGGCUGCAGCUCUGCUACCAACUCACCACGGCCGGCAAAUUCGAGGAGGCCGUGGAGAAAUUCCGGCUCAUCCUGCUCAGCGUGCCCCUGCUGGUGGUGGACAACAAGCAGGAGAUCGCCGAGGCUCAGCAGCUGGUCGCCAUUUGCCGGGAAUACAUCGUGGGAUUGUCCAUGGAGAUCGAGAGGAAGAAACUGCCCAAGGAAACGCUGGAGCAGCAGAAGAGAAUCUGUGAGAUGGCCGCCUACUUCACACACUCCAACCUGCAGCCCGUGCACAUGAUCCUGGUGCUCCGCACCGCCCUCAACCUCUUCUUCAAACUCAAGAACUUCAAAAGCGCCGCCACCUUCGCCCGGCGCCUGCUCGAGCUCGGGCCCAAGCCCGAGGUGGCCCAGCAGACACGGAAGAUCCUGGCGGCGUGCGAGAAGAACCCCGUGGACAGCCACCAGCUCAACUACGACCAGCACAACCCCUUCGACAUCUGCGCCGCCUCCUUCCGCCCCAUCUACCGCGGCAAGGCCCUGGAGCGCUGCCCCCUCAGCGGCGCCUGCUACAGCCCCGAGUUCCGGGGCCAGAUCUGCCGCGUCACCACGGUGACAGAGAUCGGCAAGGACGUGCUGGGGCUGCGCAUCAGCCCCCUGCAGUUCCGCUAGGAAUUCUCCUGGAUCAGGAAAUUCCCUCUCCCCCCUCCCAGCUCUCACCCCAAUCCCUCCCCUUGCCCAUUCCCAUCCUCUCUUCCAGGUUUUUCCCCACCUAGGAAUUCCAGAUUGAGGUUUUCUUUCCCCACAUUUAGCAGGAUUUUUUUUUUUUUUUCCUCGUUCCCAGACCGGUUUUCCUGUGCUUUUAUCCCAGAUUUGUUCCUGAGGGGAAGGGCAGAUUUUCCCCAAAUCCUGGUUGUGACAUCUGCCCCCCCUUAAAAUCCCAAAAAAUCGCUUGGAAAAGCCAGGACUGGCUCUGUAAAUCCCGAAUCCAGGGAAAUCCUGCUCCCUCUGGAACUCCUUGUGUUGUCAUCAUAAUGAGCUCCCCUCGUUAAUAAAUGUUCAUUAAUCACCUGGA